AAAAUAAAGAAAGGGAUACGCUCUCUCCGUCGCUUCACUGCCAAAAAUGGCGCUCAAAACCCUCCCCGCUUUCUCUCCCAUCUCCUCCCCAAAUUAUCACCACUCAUCCUCACCCUCUUCAGCUCCUCUAUUCUCUCCGUUUAUCUUUCUCUUCAAAACCAGACCCCCUUCCUCCAAACCCUUCAAGCCUCUCCUCCUUUCUUCUCAAUCCCCCAUCUUCCUUCCUAUCCUCGACCAAGACCCAAAAUCUCUCAGCAAUCGACAAGAACCAGUAGAAUAUAAGGAAGAAGAAGAAGUCGACCCCAUUCGAGUUUUCUUCAAAUCCCGCUCCCAAACCCUGAACCCGAAACAAGAAGGGCGGGUCACCCUCCAGCGAAACCGCCGAACCUCUUGGCGUAUUGCGCAAACUGAAGCAGACCCACUUGGAAAAAACCCAUCUUUUGAUGACCCAGAAGCUGAAUUGGUAGAUUCCAGUGAAGAAGUUGAAGUUGGUAGUUUUGGUAUUGUAGAAGAAAUCUUAAAGGUUUCACGAAACCUUCCUGAGAAUUCAACGUUGGGAGAUUUUUUGGGUUCUUAUGUUGGAAAGAUUGGCAAGGAUGAGUGUGUUGAAUUGUUGAUUAAAUUGGGGGAAGAGGGCUUGGUUAACAGUUGUUUGUAUUUUUUUGAAUGGAUGAGGAUGCAAGAGCCUUCAUUGGUGACUCCAAGGGCAUGCUCGGUCAUUUUUCCGGUGUUGGGGAUGGCGGGGAUGGGAGAGAAGGUGAUGGUGUUGUUUGCGAAUUUGCCACAGGCGAAGGGGUUCAGAGAUGUGAGGGUUUAUAAUUCCGCGAUCUCAGGGCUUGGUGCCUGCGGGAGAUAUAAUGAUGCUUGGAAAGUCUACGAGGCCCUGGAAACUAAUAACAUCAUACCAGAUCAUGUAACUUGUUCUAUUUUGAUAACCAUCAUGAGAAAGAGUGGUAAGCAUGCCAAAGACGCAUGGCAAUUCUUUGAACGUAUGAACAGAAAAGGCGUGAAAUGGAGUUUAGAAGUCUUUGGCACACUUAUAAAGUCCUUUUGUGACGAGGGACUAAAGAAGGAAGCCCUGAUUAUUCAAUCGGAAAUGGAGAAGAAAGGAAUUUCGUCAAAUGCCAUUAUAUAUAACACUUUGAUGAAUGCUUACAGUAAAUCCAACCAGAUUGAAGAAGCAGAAGGCCUCUUUGAUGAAAUGAAGGAAAAAGGAGUAAAACCAACCAUGGCAACAUAUAACAUUUUGAUGGAUGCAUACAGUAGAAGAAUGCAACCUGAGAUUAUCGAAGAUCUAUUAUUAGAAAUGCAAGGAGUAGGCUUGAAACCGAAUGUCAAAUCAUACACUUGCCUCAUAAGUGCUUAUGCUAGGCAAAGGAAAAUGAGUGACAUGGCUGCAGACUCAUUCUUGAGAAUGAAGAAGGCUGGAAUAAAACCGACAUCUCAUUCUUAUACUGCUCUUAUUCAUGCUUACUCACUUGGUGGAUGGCACGAAAAGGCAUUUGCUACAUUUGAGAGUAUGAAAAGGGAAGGUAUAAAACCCUCAAUUGAGACCUACACAACUCUACUUGAUGCAUUUAGGCGAGCUGGUGAGACUCAUACUUUGAUGGAGAUAUGGAAGUCAAUGGUCAAUGAUAAAGUUGAAGGGACCCGAGUUACUUUUAAUAUAGUCCUGGAUGGAUUAGCAAAACAUGGUCUUUAUGUUCAAGCAAGAGAUGUGAUGUCGGAAUUUGGGAGGUUCGGGUUUCAGCCAACUGUGAUGACUUAUAAUAUGUUGAUGAAUGCAUACGCAAGGGGAGGGCAACAUUAUAAAUUACCUCAGCUGUUGAAAGAGAUGGCUGCUCUUAAUUUGAAGCCUGAUUCAGUUACAUACUCCACAAUGAUAUAUGCAUAUGUCCGGGUUCGUGAUUUUACGAGGGCCUUUUAUUAUCACAAGCAAAUGGUGAAGAGUGGACAGGUGCCUGAUGCGAAGUCGUACCAAAAGUUGCGAAGUAUUUUGAAUGAGAAAGCUGAGAUGAAGAAUAGAAGGGAUAGGAGUGCUAUACUUGGAAUAGUUAAUAGUAAAAUGGGUAUAAAACCAAAGAGUGGGAAGAAAGAUGAGUUCUGGAAGAGCAAGAAAAGGCAAUCGAGGUUGCAAAACAGGUAGACAGAGAUGGUAUGGAUCUCAAAGAGCUCAUUUACAGAAAGGAAAAUGCAACUGACAUAUUUUUUGAGUUAAAGAGGUUAAAAAUGUCUCUGCUCAAGGGUCAGGCAAAACUCAGGGAUUAAAAGAUUUAAGAUUAUAAGUUGAUGAACUGAAGGGGAGUCCCUCGCAUUGACUGGAUAUACUGAGGCUGUCAUAAAGAUUCCAUCUUAAGAAAGAUACAACCUAAUGGUUUUGCAUGAUAUCUCCGAAUCAUCCCAUACUAAUCAUGGAACAAGCAGACAAGCAGUGAUCAGUUAUGCUUUCCAGAGUACCAAGUUUACAAGUCGUACAGUCAAUGCACAAGCUCAGGAAAAUUGAAUGGUGUAAACAUUUGGUCAGAAAAUGAAGAAUAUGCAUCAACCAUCAUCACCUAGAGAAAAUAGGCCUGGAACAACAAGAAUAUGCUAAGCUUGGUGGUUUUUGGAGUUCCUGACUGACUUAUGAGAAUGGAGUCGGUGUCUUAUUUCACUCACUUCCUGUGUAUUGUUUUUUUUUUUGGUGUGGCAGUUGCUAUGCCCUUCCACCAAAGACUGCUUAAAUAUGCUUAUGAUGAUAAACAUUUAUACCUGCCUUCUAUGCUAUAUGUACUCCGAAAAUGAAAUUGGCUUGUAUCAUGUGUCACUCGUAGUUUUAUACUCAAAAGCUGGUUCA